AAAAACUAAGACUUGUGGAUGUAGGUGUUGAAGGUUCGGUGAUGAGUGAUAAACAUUUUCUUCAUCCACUUGAUUUCACGAUACAUACAAAACGAUUUCUUCCUCUGCAUUAAACGACAAGACUUCCCCAUCUUAUCAGUGAAUUGCACUGAAGCAUUUCGUUAAGGUAAAUUCUCUAUCUUCAAUGGCAUCAACCGACUCCGAAAUCGUCAAGGAGUUUCGCUUCUUCCGAGUUUAUAAGGAUGGCCGAAUCGAGUCAUUCUUUCCACCUUGCCCCAAGGUUCCACCGUCCGAUGAUCCGGUCACCGGUGUCCGAUCCAAAGACGUGACGAUCUCAUCAGAACCUCCUGUUUCUGCCCGUAUUUUCAUCCCUAAAGUCUCAGACCCGAACCAAAAGUUCCCUCUCUUAUUCUUAGUACAUGGCGGUGGCUUCUGCGGGAUGUCCGCUUUUGCUCCACGCUACCAUCUCUUCUGUAACACCGUUUCAGCCCAAGCUGGGGCCAUAAUUGUUUCUGUGGAGUACGGACUCUUCCCGGAUCGACCCAUACCGGCUUGUUACGAAGACUCAUGGGCUGCACUCCAGUGGGUGGCGUCCCACGUCAGUGGAAAUGGACCCGAACCUUGGCUGAAUGAUCAUGCUGAUUUCAACAAAGUUUUCAUCAGUGGAGUCAGUGCUGGAGGUAAUAUUUCGCAUACUCUGGCGUUCCGAGUCGGGUCAAUCGGGUUACCGGGUGUGAAGGUUGUGGGGGUGAUUUUGGUUCACCCAUAUUUUGGUGGGACGGGAGACGAUCAGAUGUGGCUGUUCAUGUUUCCGAAUAACGGUGGGUUGCAGGAUCCCCGGCUGAAACCGCCGGCAGAGGAUCUGGCUAAGCUUGGGUGCGAGAGAGUGUUGAUAUUUGUGGCGGAGAAAGAUCAUCUGAAUGUUGUGGGGAAAAAUUACCAUGAGGAUUUGAAGAAAAGUGGAUGGGGUGGAAGAGUUGAGCUAUUUGAGAGUCAUGGUGAAGAGCACGUCUUCCAUAUGAAUAAUCCAAAAUCUGAGAAGGCUGUGGAAGUGAUCAAUAAGUUUGUUUCAUUUCUGAAACAAGAUUAAAGUAUAAUUAGUCCGAUAGUUUACAUAAGGGUUGCCGUUUGCAAGAGCUAAAUUGUGUCUGUGACAUUGAUGAAAUAGGACGUAUGUAUGGAUCUGGAAUAAAACGGUGUGGUACUUUUCAUUUUGAUGAAGAUUUCAUUGAUGAUAAAUGGUUUCCUUGAUUGGGAGAAUAUAAAUCUUCGUUUCAA